ACCAAAGAAGCUCUCUUCACAAUUCUCCAGGACCUAAGGCCUGAAGACCGCUUCAAUAUCAUUGGCUUUUCCAACCGGAUAAAGGUCUGGCAGCAGGACCAGCUGGUGCCAGUAACGCCAAAUAAUAUAAGAGAUGCCAAAAAGUACAUUCAUAACAUGUCGCCUACUGGAGGGACUAAUAUUAAUGGUGCUCUCCAGGCUGGUGCAAAGCUGCUAAAUGAUUACAUUGCUCAGAACGACAUUGAUGCCAGAAGCGUCUCUCUGAUCAUCUUCCUCACGGAUGGGAGGCCCACUGUUGGGGAAACACAGUCAUCCAAAAUCCUCAGCAGCACCAAGGAUGCCAUCCGUGAUAAAUUCUGCCUCUUCACCAUUGGCAUUGGCAAUGAUGUGGACCACAAGCUGCUAGAGAGGAUGGCACUGGAGAACUGCGGCAUGACGAGGCAUUUCCAGGAGGAUGAGGAUGCAGCCAGCCUCCUCAAAGGGUUCUAUGAUGAAAUAGGAACACCCCUUCUCUCUGACAUCCGUAUUGAUUACCCUGAAGACAACGUCGAGCAAGUCACCCAGAACUUCUUCCCUAACUACUUCAAUGGCUCUGAAAUUGUAAUAGCUGGCAAACUCAUCAACCACAGCUCAGAUAGCCUCCAUGUGGAGGUGACUGCUAGCAACUCCAAGAAGUACAUCCUCCUCAAAACAGAUGUGAAUGACAUCAGAGGUGUCCCUGGCCUGGAAGAUGGCAAAGGUGAUAACAAUUACAUUGAGAGGGCAUGGAGUUACCUCACCAUCAAGGAAUUACUUAACUCCUGGUUGAAGAGUGAUGACAGUCAGGAAAAAGACUAUUUGAUGGAGAAAGCCAAGUCAAUGGCCCUGACUUACAAUUUUGUUACUCCCUUCACUGUUCUGAAGAUGCGAGAGGCUGGGCUCCAUUCAGAACCACCUCAAGAGGAGUUUAUCAGCCCUUCUACUGAUGGCAUUGGUGAGAAGUUGCAGAGCUUGCAGGGACACAAGGCACCACCAGGUAUACGCAGGCAGCAAGAUAAACAAAGAAUUAAAAUCUCCAAAACUUCAGCGGAUGGAGACCCUCACUUUGUCAUUGAUUUUCCCUCCAGCAAGAUCUCUGUCUGCUUCAAUAUUGAUGGAGAACCAGGGGACAUUCUCCGACUGGUCUCUGAUCAUAAGGAAUCUGGUGUAACUGUGAAUGGGCAACUAAUUGGAGCUCCUGCACCACCGAACGGCCACAAGAAGCACCGAACUUACUUCAGCACCAUCACUAUCCUCAGCAAUAAGCCAGAAAGGUCUUACCUAGAGAUCACACCCAAAAGAAUCAUCCUGGAUGAUGGGGAAAGACUUCUUCUGUCCUGCGAUCGGAGUGCUGUUGUGCGGAGCAGCAGCCUCGAGGUAUCCAUCUCUGCCAAUUCCAAUGUCACUGUGACGAUACGAGACACAAUCAGCUUUGUCAUCCUCAUCCACCAUUACAAGAAGCCAGCCCCAUAUCAGAGGGAUCACCUGGGGUUCUACAUCUCCAACAGCAAAGGCCUCUCUUCUGACUCCCACGGGCUACUGGGUCAGUUCUUGAACCAUGAAGUUAAACUUCUUCAGGAAUCUCUAAACACAAGUCAUCAGCAGGUUGGUCAGAAUCAAACUGAAGCAUUAAAGCCAAACCCUGCAAAUGCCCUGAAAGUGAAGGGACGGCUCGUUCCUGUUGUGUGGAAGCAGAGGAGGAUCUACAACGGCCAGCAGGAAGUUGAAUGCUGGUUUGCCAAAAACAAUGCAGACAAAUUGAUCGAUGGGAGCUAUAAAGACUAUUUGGCUUCUCAUCCUUUCGACACAGGGACCAGCUUUGGGACGAUUAACAGCCUUUAAGACUGAUCAUAGCAAUGCAUUGCAGCAGCAUGUGUGACAGCAGUUCCCUUCUAAAGCCUCUAGAGCUAGGCAACUUAUCAAUAUUUCUUUACUUUUUGGUGCCAAAGAAACCAAGGCUUUUUGCCCUUGAAAAUCAGCUGUGUCUCUCUCAUGCCAGAUUAACAUUGUUCAUCAAAUUCCUGA